AUGGAAAGUUGGCUCAAAACGGGGCGCCUCACAAGUGGCAAAAGGAUUUCGGAUUCUUCAUUAAAUUCAGAGCCACCAGCAGUGUGUAUUGAAAAUAUUUCAGAAAAUGUUCCUGGAUCGUCGGGUUUGCUAAAUACACAAGACCCUAGUGCCGGACUGAAUAUACAACAUACAAUCACCAAAAGAGUUGCAACCCAGGAGAAAACUUCUUCAAAAAAGAGAAGAUACGACGAAUCCUACUUGUCCUUUGGAUUUGUUCCUGUGGGAAUUACUGAGAACUCGGAUGGACAAUGUGUGAUUUGCAACAAAAUAAUAAGUAAUAGCUCACUGGUACCUGCAAAGCUUAAACGACAUCUUGACACGAACCACCCAGAACUGAAAGAUAAAAGCGUCAGCUUUUUUGAAAGACACAAAGAAGUGCGUAGAACUGGUGCAGCUGCUAUACAAAAAUUUGUAAAGACCGAUAAUGAAAAUGCAACAGAGGCAUCAUUUCUGCUAAGUUACAAAAUCGCUCGUGCUGGUAAACCACACACGAUUGCAGAGGAUUUAAUAAAACCAUGUAUGACAGAAAUUGUCACUUGUGUACUUGGAGAAGAAGCAGCAAAGAAAGUGUCAGCAGUGCAGUGUUCAAAUAACGUCAUUUCUGAUCGAAUUCAUAAGAUUUCUGACCAUAUUCAAGAUGAAUUAAUUAGUAGAUUGAAGACCAGCGAGAUGUUUGCAAUGCAACUGGACGAAAGUACAGAUGUCGUCGGGUUAUCAAUACUGCUUGUUUUUGUGAGAUAUCCCUUUGGAGGAUCUAUUGAAGAGGAUUUGUUUCUUUGUACUCCUUUAGAAACCAACACAACCGGAGAAGAAAUUUUUAAAGUUAUCGAUAGUUACAUGACUAAGCACCAUAUUGAUUGGAACAAAUGUAUUGACGUGUGUAGUGAUGGAGCGGCAGCUAUGGUUGGCAAAAUAAAAGGCACUGUAACAAGAAUCAAGGAGGUUGCACCUAAAUGUAGUAGCAGUCACUGCGUAUUUCAUCGCCAUGCCCUUGUCGCAAAAAAAAUGCAAUACGAGCUCAAGACAGUUCUCGACCAAGCAGUACUAAUUCAUCAAUCACUUCUUCUUCACACGGAAGUAAGAUGGCUUUCAAGAGGAAGAGUUCUAUUAAGGCUGUUUGAAUUGCACGACGAGCUUAAGAUAUUCUUUACCAAACAACCAGUUUCUGCACACGUUAAUAAGCUUGUUGAACUGCUGCAUGAUGAGCAAUGGUUGAUGCAAUUGGCUUAUUUAGCUGAUAUAUUCGAUAAGCUCAACGUAAUCUGCAAGGCAUUACAGGGACGAGCUACAACAAAAUUUACAGUAAAUGAUAAAAUGUCUUCACUGAAAAACAAGCUUGCGUUCUGGAUUGAAUGUGUUGAAAAACAUAAUUACGAAUGUUUCACAAUAUUAAAUGACUUUCUAAAAGAAAAUGAGCUGCGGGUAUCUUCAGACGUGGAAAAGAAUAUACAUGAGCAUUUGACAAGCCUUACAAAAUCUUUGCAUGAGUAUUUUCCGGAGCAGUUGCAGGACAUGGACUGGGUGCAGAAUCCGUUUGUAAAUCACACCAAACCUUCGAUGCUGUCGGUGUCAGAGUAUGAGAAUUUGAUUGACAUCAAAUUUUCAUCAACGCUAAAACAAAAGUAUGAAGAAGGAACUUUUGAUUUAAACGCCUUUUGGAUUGGACUCAAAGAUGAAUACCCAGAAAUUGUUAAUAGAGCCAUCACAUUACUGUUACCGUUUGUGACGACUUACCGAUGCGAGACUGGUUUUUCCGCAUAUGCUUACACCAAAAGCAAGUACAGAAAUAGACUGGAUGCAGCUCCAGAUCUUCGCGUUCAACUGUCGGACAUUAAGCCUAAUUUUAAUGCUAUUUUAAGAAAAUAUGUAAAAAAAUUUCAUUCGUCACAUUAA